AUGUCCACAUCUGCAGGAAAAGUGUGCAUUCUUCAAAACAGCUUUGAGCCAGGCUUUAUAGCUGAGGGUGACUACAUUAUUGCAGGAAUCUUUCCCCUUCAUUAUAACCAAGAAAUGCCAGACCUUAACUGUACCUACAAACCACUGCCAGUGAAGUGUAAUGGAUUUGAUCCCAGGGCUUUCCGCUGGGCUCAAACGAUGAGGCUGGCAGUUGAGGAGGUAAACCAGAAUCUGGAGCUUUUGCCAAAUUACACCCUGGGGUACAAAAUCUUUGAUUCGUGUGCAUAUCCACUGACUGGCCAGAGAGCUGCUAUGGCUGUACUAAACGGGAUGAGUGAAGAUGACUCUCCCAUGUGUAGCGGUGCUUCUCCACUCCUUGCUGUAAUUGGUGAAUCUGGUUCUGCUCAGUCCAUUGUGGUGUCAAGAAUCCUCCAGCCAUUCCGAAUCCCAAUGAUCAGUUACUUUUCUUCAUGUGCAUGUUUCACUGACAGAACAAAAUACCCUACCUUUUUCAGGGUAAUCCCUAAUGAUGAUUAUCAGGUGAAAGCAAUUGCUCAGCUGCUGGUACGCUUUAACUGGACUUGGGUGGGGGUGGUGCGAGGAGAUCAUGAAUAUGGCCGUUUUGCUGUGCAAGGCUUAAUGAGAGAACUACAGGGUACCAGCGUGUGUGUGGCAUACCAAGAAAUGAUUCCUCUGCUCUACAAUCAACAGAGGGCACUGGAGAUCAUGCAGGUAAUGCGUAGCUCUUUGGCAAGAGUGGUGGUAGUAUUUUCAGCUGAGGGGGAAAUGACGCCUUUCUUGAGAGACUACAUGAAGCAGAACAUCACUGGAAUCCAGUGGGUGGCUAGUGAGGCCUGGGUCACAGCAUCUGUCUUUACAGGGAAAGAGUAUUACCCCUAUCUGGGAGGUACAGUCGGGUUUGGCAUCAGAAAAGGUUAUAUCUCAAGACUCAGCAACUACUUGGAAACCGUAAACCCACAGAGGUAUCCCAAUAAUAUGCUGUUGCCACCUUGCUCAGGGCAAGAGUCACCGCUGAAACAGCAUUCAGCCUACUUGAAUACAUCAAGCCCUAGAGUGGCCUAUAAUGUAUAUAAGGCUGUAUAUGCAAUUGCUCAUUCCCUGCAAAACCUUCUCAUGUGUCAACCAGGCAGUGGGCCUUUUAAGAACCAGUCAUGUGCACAAAGUGACAAUGUACUGCCUUGGCAGCUCCAGUACUACCUGCAGGAAGUGAAAUUUAUAAUUGCUGGGGAAGAGGUAAACUUUGACUUGAAGGGUGACUCUAUACCCUAUUAUGAUAUUAUCAACUGGCAGCGAGGCACAAGCGGGAACAUUGAAUUUGUCAACGUGGGGCUGUUUGAUGGAACCAAACCUGCUGGAGAGGAGCUGGUGAUCCAGGAGGACAUGAUAAUGUGGGUGCCAGUGUCUGUAUGCAGUGCCAGCUGUUUUCCAGGGUCCCGGAAGGCUGUCCGUCGUGGGGAGCCUGUCUGCUGCUUUGACUGUGUACCAUGUGACAAUGGCAAGAUUAGCAAUCAGACAAAUGCAAUAGAAUGCACAUUUUGUCCCGAGGACUUCUGGUCAAACAAAGACAGAACAGCCUGUAUCGCCAAAAAAGUGGAGUUUUUGGCCUAUGAUUCCUUAGGUAUAGCCCUGACAGUCACUUCUGUGGUGGGGGCUUGUCUCACUAUAGUUGUUUUAGCAGUGUUCUUUUACCACAGAAACACUGCCAUUGUCCGUAUCAAUAACUCUGAACUUAGUUUCUUUAUCUUAUUUGCUUUAACACUGUGUUUCCUUUGUUCUCUGGUUUUCAUUGGAGAGCCAACAUUUUGGUCCUGCAUGCUGCGUCACACUGUCUUUAGCAUUACAUUUUCACUUUGCAUCUCCUGCAUCCUGGGAAAGACACUGGUGGUGCUGGCUGCUUUCACUGCCACCCGUCCAGGGGAAAACAUCAUGAAGUGGUUGGGACCCAAGCAGCAGAGGGCCAUUAUUUUCAGCUGCACUCUUGUUCAAGUAGUUAUUUGUGGCGCUUGGCUAAUUGAUGCACACCCUUAUCCUUCACGAAAUACUAAAUACGAACGCUCAAAGAUCAUAUUGGAGUGUAGCGUAGGAUCAAGCCUUGCAUUCUGGUGUGUUUUAGGAUAUAUUGGUCUCCAGGCCUGUCUCUGCUUUGUACUGGCAUUUCUGGCACGCAAGUUGCCAGGCAACUUCAAUGAGGCCAAGUUUAUCACUUUUAGCAUGCUGAUCUUCUGUGCUGUGUGGCUGGCAUUUAUUCCUGCUUAUAUCAGCUCCCCUGGAAAUUAUGCAGAUGCAGUUGAAUCCUUUGCCAUUUUGGCCUCCAGCUUUGGCUUGCUAUUCUGUCUGUUUGCUCCAAAGUGUUACAUAAUUUUAUUAAAGUCAGAAAAAAAUACAAAACAGCACCUAAUGGGAAAAGAAAAGAAGUAA